AUGGAGCUGGUCAACUUUGCCGCACACAUCACCCCGCUUGUCCUAUUUCUGCUGGUGUUUGUGUGGAUGGCGUUCGUGAUGACGUCCUACACGCUGCAGCCGGAUGGAACGAUUGUCGAGACAUCUCUCGCGGGGUUUUCAUGGGCUGACAAGAGCGACUUGGUGUUCAACUGGCAUCCAGUUUUGAUGGCAUUCGGGUUCCUUUUCUGCUGUUCUCAAGCCAUUCUGGUCUUUGUUACCAAACCAUUCUCCCACGCCACCAACAAGCUCAUCCAUAUCGCGUGCCAUUCUGUUUCAAUUCUGUCCGUCAUGGUCGGCACCAUCGCGAUCUUCCGCUUUCACAACGAGCAUGGAUUCCACAACCUCCACAGCGUACACAGCUGGGUCGGUCUCACCACCCUCGUCCUGUUUGGUGCUCAGUACACGUUUGGGAUUGUCGUGUACUGGUUUCCCGGAGCACCGGUGCCAUUUCGAAAACAGUCCAUGCCCUACCACAUUGCCGUGGGCCUCGGCGCCAUGGGGUUGAUCACUAUUACAUUUGUGUCUGGAAUAUUGGAGCAGCUCUCGUUCAACGCGAGCUGCGACGUGACGGGUACCUUUCAUGGUUCCAUCACGGCUGUCUCUAUCGCCAUCCUCUUCCUCGCGCUGCUGCUGGUCGUGUAUGUGUCCAAGCACCCCGUCGACCUGGCGAUCUUGCAAUCUUGCAGCAACAUGGUGAUGGGAAGCGUGAUGCGAACGUGUUCCUAUGUUCUACCGUUUGUCGUCGUUGUGCUGGUGCUCGUUUGGAUGGGUUCAACGUUGAUGUCGUACACGGUGAACUCGGAUGACACCGUCGAAUACAAGUCCCUGGCGGGGUUUUCGUGGGCGCCAAACGACGGCCGCGUGUUCAACUGGCAUCCUGUCUUGAUGACAUUUGGGUUGCUCUUUUGCUCGUCCCAAGCCAUCUUGGUUUUCGUUACGAAGCCCUACUCGCACCACAUCAACAAACGUAUCCACGUGGUGUGCCACACUCUCGCGAUCUUGUCUGUGAUCGUCGGGUUGGUGGCGGUAAUUCGCUUCCACAACGAACACGACAUCAAGAACAUUUACAGCUUGCAUAGCUGGAUUGGACUCUUUACGCUGCUGCUAGUUGUCGGCCAAUACGCGCUGGGCUUUUUGUCCUUCUUCUACCCUGGCGUCCAAGUCCGACUUCGCAUGAUGCUGGUGCCAUAUCAUAUUGGCCUGGGCGUCGGAAUUGUGGCCCUUGUAGGGAUUACAGCAGUGGCUGGCGUGAUGGAGAAGCUCAUGUUUAAUCGGAGCUGCAAUCUCCACGGCACAUUGGACGGAAUGAAAGUGAAGGGUUUCCAGUCAUGGGAUUGCUUGCUGGGCAACACAAUUGGAUUGCUGAUCGUUGCUGCUGUGGCGGCGCUGGUGACGUCCAUUUACUUGUCGAAGCAUACCCCCAGUGACGCGAUGAAACGCAGCUAG